AUGGAAUCAAUGUCUCUUCUUUCGAAAACACUAACCCUUUUAGCCUUUUCACAUAUAAUACUCUUUCCAACUGCAGAAACCACUUCAGAUUAUAGUACCUUGAUAUACAAGAACUGCACAGGUUCAACCAUGUCUUAUUCUGAAUCCCUUCACUCCUUUUUCGAAGAACUUAUAUCGAAAUCGUCCGGCGAAAAGUUUUACAAAACUACAGCAGGAGAUGAUAAGAAUGGCAUUUCAGGCCUCUUUCAAUGCAGAGGUGACCUAAGCAACGAUGACUGCUACAAAUGCAUAACUUCACUUCCUGAAAUGUCCAACUCUUUGUGUGAUAAAGCCGUUUCGGCCCGGAUUCAGCUCUACGGAUGCUACGUUCACUACGAGGCCGACGAGUUCGUCGAGGAACGUUCUAAAUUCGAGUUGCUUCACAAGAUUUGCGACCAGAAAAAGGCGGAGGUUCUCGGGUUCGAAGAACUGCGGGAUGCGGCGUUUGCGGCCGUGGAGAGUGGUGUGACGGAUGGGGGUGGAUAUUAUAAAGAGAAUUAUGAACUGAUUCAGGUGAUUGCGCAAUGUGAAGGGGAUUUGGGGGGUUGUGAUUGUGGUGAAUGUGUGCGUGUUGCGGCUCAGACUGCUCAAGAAGAGUGCGGCACCUCAUUUUCAGGGAAAAUCUAUUUGGACAGUUGUUUUAUUAGCUAUGGAUACUACCCAGAUGGAAUACCAGAUAAAGGAAAAGGUCACAAUAAUAAUAGUAAUACAGGCAAAUUGGUAGCAAUUGUAGUGGGAGGCGGCGUAGCUUUGUUCAUUGGCUACUUAUUCUUCAUGUCUAUCCAGAAAUUAGGGAAGAAAGAGGAUGACUUUUGAAGAGAGACCAAAGCAAAACGUGUAUGACUCAAAUUUUACUUGUAAAGGUGGUGACAUCAUCAAUGUUUUACUUGCUAAUGAAAUAUUAA